CCGGUAGAAGUCUAGUAAAGUUCAAGUAAAUAAAUACGAAUAUUGUAGAAAUGGGGACAGCUAAAAGAGGUGUCGAUUUUAUUAAAGCUAUAUCGAACAUAAUAUCUAAAUCAACUGGGUUCGAGAGCACUUUGAAAAAGUCCUGCUUUUUCCAGAAUGGAUAUGGCAGCGAAGAAAAUGACUCUGGUGGCGAAAGAGGCCAGGACGAAAUAUCUCCUGUCAUCAAAGCAAAUAGUCGUCGCACAAGCACCCACGUCACUAUUGACAGUCAUAACUUCGGUUGUCUUCGAACCAGUAUCAACCUCAACAACAACCUCAGCUUGGAAAUCCACGUCACUCUUAACAGUCAUAACUUCGAAUAUCUUCGAACCAGUAUCAACAUCAACAACAAGGAAAUGGCUCUGGUGGCGAACGAGGCCAUGACGAAAUAUCUCCUGUCAUCACAACAAAUAGUCGUCGCACAAGCACGCACGUCACGUUUGACAGUCAUAACUUCGAGUAUCUUCGAAGCAGUAUCAACAUCAACAACAACCUCAGCUUCGAACUUGUACCCCAGAAUAUUUCUUGCCAACAGGUGCUAUUUCGGACUAAGGCAAUUAAGAAGUAAAGUCCUCUCUCAUCAAACAAAAACGAAGCUCUAUAAGUCACUCAUUAUUCCCGUUCUGCUGUAUGGUGUAGAGGCAAGGACGCUGACAAUAGCUGAUACUUAUCACUUAUUACGUUGCGAGUUUUCUGCGAAAGAUUUAUGGUUUUUUGCGCGUUGGCCACAGCGAAUAUCGCAUUCGAUGGAACGAUUAGCUGUAUGAAAGAUACGACGACAUUGAACGAAUUAAAAGACAGCGGCUACGCUGUCUAGGUCGUCGUCUGAAUGAACGAAAACGCUCCAUCUCUGAAAGUAUUCGGCGCAGUACCCGCCGGAGGAAGUAGAUUAAGAAGAAUUCCGUUGGAAGGACCAGGUAGAGAAGUAGCUGGCUUCGCUUGGAAUCUCCAAUUGUCGUGAAAAAGAAACGAUUGGAGCGAUAUUGAUAACUCGGCUAUAACCGCGUAAGCGGUUUCUACGCUAGGGAAGAAAAAGAAAUGCAAUAUCUCAAAAACUAUAAGUUUCCUGCGGCUAUAACUUGAUCUGGAAAAUCUCUAUCCGACAAUACCCAUUUUAUUCCCGAUUAUGGAACGGUAUUCUCAAGCUUUUCAAUCUGAAAAAACUAUAAAUACAAUAAAUUUUAGAAUAUCAUUUGUAGUUAACUAUAUUGGUUCAAGAUAUCUCAAUAAAAAAAGGUUUUUUUUCACUCCAAAACUAAA